AGUGACGUGUUAAAGCUGAGCAGAAAUAUCAUCCUGAUACGACUAGAAGGGCCUUGAUGAAGGGCAGGCACCAAUUCCGCAGGCGGUUCAGCCUGCAGCCUUCUUUUUUGAAAGAGGAGCCAGAAGAAGAUAAUCACCAUAAUCACCAUUCAAACAGGGUAUUAAAGACUCAACACAGCGAACAUGGGGAAUCCCCGACGUCAGAAAGAACAGUAUCUACUCCCGUUGAUGCUGUGGCUCCCUCAACGGGCACCGUACGACAUAAGAUCGUCGUGAUGGGCGCUGCGAAAGUUGGAAAGUCCUCGAUUAUCAGCCAGUUCCUCUACGGCACCUUCUCCUCGAAGUAUAAGAGGACUGUUGAGGAAAUGCAUCAUGGAGACUUCAGUGUUGCUGGGGUCCGGUUGACGCUAGACAUCCUGGACACUUCCGGUGCGUACGAGUUCCCUGCCAUGCGAGCCCUUUCCAUCCAAUCAGCGGACGCGUUCGUGCUGGUCUAUGACGUCACGGAUGCGAGUACCUUCGAGGAGAUGCGCGCUAUAAGGGACCAGAUCCACGAGACCAAGGGCACCGCCAAUGUGCCCAUUGUGGUUGUAGGCAACAAAGCUGACCUCAGCGGUGAUAGAGAGAUAUUAUCUUUACGUCUGUGGAUUGGGAAAACGGAUUCGUGGAAGCAUCUGCGAAGGAAAAUCUCAACAUCACACAAGUGUUCAAGGAACUGUUGGUGCAAGCCAAGGUCAAAUACAACCUCAGUCCGGCACUGCGUAGGAGGCGCAGGCAAUCGCUGCCUGUCACUCAAGCAGGUCAUCCACCGAAUCAUCCUUCAUCAGCAGCCAUGAUACCGUCAGCCGUCCAACUGCAGCAUCUCCAGCAAAUUCGUGACAAGCACGGCAAAAGAAACUCUUGUACUAUUUCUUAAGGACACUGUGCGGCAGAAGAGCUAAUCAAUAUUGAUACGGCGUCCUAUUUUCUGGAUUAGAUACACGAAUUUGAGGCAGAAACGGAAGAUAUUAUUAGAGAUUGUUUAUCUUGGAACAUAUCUGCAGACGUAUUGUAUAACCUUAAGAUGUUGUAUGUCAGUACGCUAUUUUUUCCAAAAACCACUGAAACAAUUUUAUAGUGAUGAUUCUAUUCUUCAGUAAGUGUAUCUUCGUUUUAACCAUUUUCAAGCCGCUUGAAUUUCACUAUUUUAACUUUUCAUACACUACUGAAACAAAUGGCGUCAAGUAGGUUGACUCUGCGUUUCCUAGGCAACGCUGUCAGUAGUUGAGAAUUAUGUUCAACGCAAGUUGGCCCCUCUGGAAAAAAGUUAGCUAUGAAAAUGUAUAACAAAGAAAGGUAGUCAAACAUUCUGGUGUUCUUUUGGAUCUGGCUCCCUGAGAAAAUAUGCUGUCCCUCGCUCUUCAAACAUGUUUUGGGGCAGAUGCGCGUUCACACAAAGUUACCACUUACCGAUAGAUAGCUCUCCCUUUUCCCCUGUGACGUGGAUGACGAUAUUGACGGUAGACAUCCGAUCAAGCAACGGAUGUCGUUUUCUACGCACAUGCAUCGGCAGGACCGCGAGGCGUAUGAUCGACACGCGAAGUUUCGAGGAUAAAUAUACAGGGAAAUCUAUGAUGAGCAAAUUUACAUCUCACGUAACAUCCAAAAAAGCUCAUUUUCGAAAUUUUUCGCGAUUACAUUACCUCUACUCCUGUGUAAUAAGAAAAAAUCCGAUAAGCAAGCCUAUGCAUAUUUUUACGCGGAACCACAUACAUACUUUACAUACAUCUUCGUUUUUGAAUGUCUGUUUUGUGAAUAGUUAAAACACAAAAUUCUGCAAUACUUGUGAUAACUGUUUCCUUCAAAAUCGCCUCAUCAGAUAAGAUCACGUUUUUGAAUUGGCUUGUCAAUAAUUUCCAGAAAGUGGGAUGCUUCGUAAGAGUCUAUGAUGGAAUUAGGUUAUGUUCUAAUGCAAGAUGGGCCAGUGAAAUUCUUACAGAUCAUUAUAUUUUCCUCUAUGAUAGAGUAAAACUUUCUUUGUAUAAUGUUUUCGACUGUCCCGCUUAGAUUUUUAAAUGUAUGCGAACCAAAAUGCAUCUGACUACAUUUAAGAGAUUAUAAACCGACAUAAAUAACGGGAAAUACUAUUCAUUGGAGUGAAUCUAUGUAUGACCUUGAAAGGAACAAAUGUUGCUCCAAACUGUCCAUUUAUUUCUAUUGUUGUAUUAUUCAAACCUGUCCUGCGUGUUGAAGAUAUUUCAGUGCACCAUAACCUAAUAAUGGAAACGAUAUAAAUUUAUCAAGCAUAUGGCUUAUGAUAGAGCGUUGAUCAGUAAGUUUAAGAGACGUAUCACUAGUAACGUGUCAUUUAUACUUUACGUAGUGUUUGAGGGUUGAGAAUCUCUAUCUUGGCUAAACGAAAGAUGAGAAGUUUAUUUAUUUAAGCCUGGCCCACUUCCCGUGUGCAGUUGCAGUUUGCGUCAUCCAAUUAUCUUAAAUGUCUUCGGGGUCUUCAGUUCGUUGCUCACAGUAAUCUCAUGUUCUUUUUAAAUUAUUCCACUACAGUUGCAUCUUGUUCCUGUAGAGAAGGGAGAACAUGCACCAUAUUAGAGAAUGUUCCUCGCAAUUUAGCAAUGAAGCGAGACUGUUUGUUGGAAUCGUUACCUAUUUUGCCUUAUGAAAUCGCUUAACAAGUCCACUUUAUAACUAGGUAUCGCAAAAUUACCAACACAAGUUAGCCCUUCUUAGAAAAACAUUGACUGCCAACAUGUAUAACAAAGGAACUAAAUGGAACAUGCCAGUCAAAUAGGCUCAUAGUAGUGGUACCGACUACCCAGCAAGGGGGCAAUCCAGCAGAGGGUUACAUACACGAAACCACGCAUCACGCGUAUAUCGAAAACAUAUCUAUAUCAUUAGUAGAAUUACCGGGGCUGGAAAAAUUUCUAGCACAAGGAAGUUGACAUACCUCCAAAAUAUCCAACAUCCAAUUUUUAAACCCUGCAAAAAAAUCUCGGAAAAUUUUCUUUCUUAUUCUUUUGGUUUUUUACCUCUAGCUCUGCCGCCACUGAACCGAUUUUGAAAAUCUACAAAGCUUUUUUCCCUUGGCAUUGUAGUCAUCUUGUAUGAAAAUUUCAUCCAAAAGUACCUGCACAUGACACUCUAUGAGUUAGCUUUGCCACAUCUAGUCUUCAUAGGCCUGCAAUACGUCGCGACCAGGAAGACUAGAGAUAGGAGGGAGAACGACGUCAGAGUUACACAUGUAUUCGUAUGAAGCCAAUCCUGUCACCAAAGAUGAUGUGGCUCUCGAAAAUCUAGUGGGCAUAGAACAUGGCGCAGAGCGCCUGCGCAUUGACAACAUAAGUUGCCGCAACCUUUAAUGCAUUUCACUCAGGUUUUGCCAGGUUUGUAGAUUUAUUACUUCGUGGUUUAUUUACAUUAUCCAGCAUUUCUGCUUGCGACUCGUCCGAAUUGUCAAAAUUGGAGUUGUCACGAUGACAGCUGCUGUGUAAAGUGCCACAUGCGCAGCGCCUGAAAUUCACUUGCUGCGCAGCGUACCAAUUCACUUCACCGUCGACAUAUUUAUUGUCACUGUCCCUCCAUCAGUUCAGCUUAGUCGCAUAGACAACCACAUUUCGACAACAUGGGUUGUUGGUAACAAGCGCUUAACAGUGUACUCAGUUUAGAGAUACGUUGGUUUUCGCAGUAGCGUUUUAAAAUGUACCUUGACACACAGUAAAAAAGCAGAAAUUGACACUGGCGUCAUCCAUGCGUUACCAACCCUAAAGUAGGCAACCGAUAGAGCUCAUGAAAAUCGCGGAUGCAUACAAAAUCUUUUUAUUUUUUUUUGUAUACAAGGUUAACGUAAAACAUCAAGGACAUAGCGUGUAACUGCAAUUGCAUACGGGCGGAUUCUUCCAUUAAUCUGUAGUUUCUAGAUAGGUUCUCAAUUAUAAUAAUUUGUGUAACCAUUCAGCUUUAUACUCUAUUUGUCUAAGAAAGACACUAAGCCAUAGCAGUAACCGUUGUGCCCAUAUACAGAACCGAUGCCAAAUGAGGAAGGUGAAGUAGGGAGUCGACACGGCGGUACAUGAAGCCUCGAUGCCCCUGUAAUGUGCUCGGGAUUCUGGAGUUUGAGCACGUCAACAUGUUUGGGUUGAGUUUUUUCUUUUCGAUAAAUAAAACUCCCAAGUCCAAGUGGACGUGAACUUCCAGUAUGUUAUGCGAUAUAAUGAAACUGAUUGGUUAUAGAAUUAUAAUUCUGUAGUAGCUUAUAAUGAACCUGGAAAUGAAUGAUUGAUAAUAAAAAAUGCAAAAUGUGUUACAAAUUCAGAUCCACCUUAGUUGGACUUUUUAGGGUGGGUUUUCCUAUACUUAAACGAUCAUCAAGUGAAGAAUUUAACUACAUUUUGUGAUCAAAGUAAGCAGAAAUAUGAUUUUUAUUGCAUGAUUUGAUAAGAUGGUCGAAAGAAAAUGGACUUGGAUUGGUAUUUGCGAAAACGUCCCGCCAUCUUCAUUACUCACCUCAAAUGAGAACCAAUUGCAAUAUACAGGGUGUUCUACAUGCUAAACAUCAUUACAGCAGUAGAAAAAAUAUUUCUUUUGUGCAAUAAAAUAAAAUUAUAUCCAAUUCAACCCAUCUUCAUAAUCAGCCCAAACUUUGCUACCUGUAUAUUGAAAACACAUUGAAAAAGACCAAAGUUGUUAAUUGGAAAAGCUGAUGAAUAUUUGACUAAAAGUAGUCAAAUAAGGCUUCUUUUUCCAACACAGCGUCAAUAAUGUCUCACAGAGAGAAACGUUUACAAUAUUUGUCAUUUCUUAUUGAGUCACUUUUCUAUCGUAUUAACUGUUAUUUUGAUCCUUAGUAAUUCCAGAGCUGGUAGUCAUUCACUGCACCUGUUUGACUGAAAAUCAAAACCAAACAUCUACCUGUCAGCUCUACCACUAAAUAUUUUUUGUAAAAAAUACCUCAAUAAAUAAACUAUUAAGAUCAAAGUACUAUGCUAAAUCGUACCUACUAUUAAUAUCUAGGCUAAAUAUAUACAAUAUAGAUGAAUAUAUAUGUAAUUAUCAAAAUAAAACAAUAUUACAUACACUGUGUCAAAUUUUCAUAUAGGAGUUUAGAAAACGACAAUCUAUAUGUAUCUGUAUAGGUUGCAAAUGAUAUGGAAAAUCGUGUGUUUUUACUAUUUACGAUAAUGGUAUAGGGCUCCUAAGAUAAUGAUUGCUUACUGGAAUGUAUUCUGAAACACUUGACCUUGAGAUAACUUUGGCAUAAGAUAUUUUUUCUGAGUCUCAAGUUGCCUACAAAUACGAUCCGGUUUUAGAAAGUGACUUGACCUUGAACUGGCCUCAAAGGUCAAUUUUACGGUCAAAUCCAAGGUCAGGUUCAUUUUACUAUGAAAGAAAUACUUCCAGCAGGAAUUCUCGUUAUGGGACGUCCUGUAUUCUGCAUUCCGUAGCGUCUUUCAUAUUUUAUCGAAUAGCAUCAAAAUGUAUAAAAAUGGUUCACUCCUACUAAACCUUGAAAUGUUGCCGUGAUGUUGUAGGGAAUUUGAAUUAUUUGCAAUAUAUUUUCUUAAUAGCUAUAUCACUAUCCCUUUAUAUGUCAAAACGCUUCAGCAAUGCGGGGUGUGAAUAAAGUGUCUCGAUAAGCUUUGCAAAUUUAUUCCUUGUGUCAGUCUGACAGUCCAGGAAGUCCAGUGAAAAAUAUUCCGAUAAGGUUUUUUGCAUAAACUUAAAGCGUUUUUCUUAAAAGAAUAAUUAUUCUGGUUAAGCAAUGAGUUUUAGUAAGAAUUGUUAAAAGUUGUGCGACGAAUACUCAGACUAUUCGACUUAUUGAAGAAAAAAUGUAUUUGGAAAACAAAGUAUCACAAGUCCAUGAAUUUAUCUAAAUAGAAUAACCCAACUAAAGCUAGGCCAGAUACUUUACUAACUCGCUGCAUAUAAUGUGCUGCUAUUAAGUUAAUCAUCGUCAUUUUUCUUCCUAAGAUUAAGUUCUGAAGUGUUUUGUCUUGUUGUGACUGUAAGUGCCACUUAACAACACAUAAAUAUGUGAACAAAGUCAAUUCAAAUAAUUCAAAUUUUUCUGUAUCUUCUUCGUGAUAUCUUGAUUUUGUGUGUGACUUUUAAUAUGUAAGUGAUAAACUAUGUAAUCG